AUGGAAUUUUCUUCACUUACACUUUGUGAGGGGAGCCCGCCAACUGGUCUAAGGAGUUUCAAGCUACUGCUUCACCAUCGGGCGAAGUCAUGGACGCAGAAGAGAGAUAUUGUCACCUUCCAACAAGGGGUCCAAGAGAAUUUCCAACAACAUUGGGAACGUUUUGGAGUUCUGACCCGACGGCAUCUGGAUCAUGGUUAUUCAGAAGACCGACUGAAUAAGAACUUCGUCAAUGGACUCCUAGAGAAUUACAAGGAGAUCAUCGAAAGGAGUUAUCCAACUGGAUUCAGAUACAAUGACCUUGAGAAAAUGAAGGAACUAUGUGGUAGAAAGGGAGGAAGCUACUAUAGCUUGAGAAACGGUUAUUCGGAGUUAAGUCAACAAGAUGAGCAUAGAGAUAAAGGAGCUUCCGGGAAAGGGCGAUAA